CUAAAUUCCAAUUGCCCUAAAAAUUCUUUCACAAUAUUCACCCCUAAAUUACCAAACUACCCUCCCCACUAACCCUUCACAUCCACGUAAAUACCCACACCAUUCAUACCCUUUCUUGUCAUUUCACACCCCAACCAACUUCACAACCCUAUCCACUCCACCUUUUCACUUUCUCUCUCACACACUUCACCUAAACACACAGUGACAAAUAUGAAAAACCCCUUCAAAAAGCCUCACUUCCUUUCAAAGUUUUUUCUUCAAAUGGUGAAAGACCUCUCUAAUGUCUAAAACCUCUAUGGUUGACCAAAUUACCCUUACGAAUCCUCCAAAUCCACCAACUUACCCUCGCUCUUUCUAGAUUCCGUCAACGAAAACCGUCAAAGAUCCCUCCCACCGCCACCGCAAACCGCCACCGUAACGCCGCCGUUAACCGCUCGUUUUCACCUUUUCCGGCGAGAUUUGUUUCCGUUACGGUUUUUAACAUGGAGUAAACGUGUACAUUGAAAGUUUGAAACAAUUUUUCAAACAAUUUGUGAAGGAAUUCGUGAAACAGUGUGUGAAUAAUGGAUUUAGUUGAAGGAGUAGGUGAGAGUUCUUCACCGCCGAGGAGUUUUACCGGUUUUAGCGGUUACGAGAUAGCGAAUGAUGUGUAUAAUCGGUUAGUGGAGAUUCACAACGAAGAGGUUGUUGCUAAUCCUGAGUUUCGUGAGCAAUUGGAAGCGCACUUCAGUCGGUUACCUGCUAGUUAUGCGCUGGAUAUCAACAUGGAUCGAGUUGAAGAUGUAUUGCUACAUCAGAAGCUCCUAGUCUUGGCCAAGGAUCCGGAAAAUCGACCCGUAUUUCAUGUCCGCUUUUUGGAGAAUUUCUGGACUCGAGCAGAUGGUGAUGAAGACCAACAAGACUUAAUUGCGGGACCCGCAUUAUCACAUGGCAGUGAUAGGAACCAUGAGAUGGGUUUUGAACCUUGUUCUAAAAUGGAGGACCUAAACUUGGACUUCCGAAGAAAUUCUCUUGACAAGGACAAAGGGGAUCUUGAUGGAGAUUCUUUCUCAAGGCAAGACGAUAUCCAUGUGCCGAUUCAUGAAGUGAUAUUUUCAGCUGUUGACAAGCCAAAACUUCUCAGUCAGCUUUCAGCUUUGCUUUCUGACAUAGGACUGAACAUACGAGAAGCACAUGUGUUUUCAACGACUGAUGGCUAUUCUUUGGAUGUGUUUGUGGUUGAUGGAUGGCCCCUUGAGGAAACACAGGCUUUACAUGCAGCAGUGGAGAGAGCAAUUGCUGGGAGUGAGGGUUCGUGGCCCGGUUCUUCACGGUCAAAAUCAGUUAUAGAAGGGGCACCAGCCGCUCAAGCUAGUUUUGUAGAUACGGAGAUAGAUAUAAGAUUACUGAAGAUAGAGGAAAAAAUUGGAUCUGGAUCUUGUGGAGAUUUGCACCGUGGAGUGUAUCUCGGUCAGGAUGUUGCUGUAAAAAUUCUAAAAUCUGAAACCCUAAAUAAAGCACUUGAGGAUGAGUUUUGUCAUGAAGUAGCCAUUCUCCGAGAGGUCCAGCAUAAAAAUGUUGUUCGUUUUAUUGGCGCGUGUACAAAGCAACCUACCCUGUGCAUAGUAACAGAAUACAUGUCUGGAGGCAGCGUUUAUGAGUAUUUGCAUAAGAACCAUCACACUUUAACACUUUCUCAGUUGGUGAAGUUUGCGAUAGAUGUUUGUAGAGGGAUGGAGUACUUACAUAAGAACAAUAUUAUUCAUCGGGAUCUCAAGACGGCAAAUUUGCUACUCAACGGAGCUAAUGUUGUAAAGGUGGCUGAUUUUGGGGUGGCCCGCUUUCAGAACCAAGCUGGAGUUAUGACAGCCGAAACCGGAACAUAUAGAUGGAUGGCUCCUGAGAUUAUAAAUCAUCAACCCUAUGAUCAAAAAGCCGACGUUUUCAGUUUUGCAAUUGUUUUGUGGGAGCUCGUGACAGCUAAGAUUCCGUAUGAUAACAUGACACCGUUGCAAGCAGCCUUGGGAGUAAGACAGGGACGUCGUCCGGAUCUUCCUACAAAUACACACCCGAAGGUGUUGGAAUUGAUGCAAAGAUGUUGGGAAACUGAUCCUAGCAUCCGCCCUUCGUUUUCUGAAGUCAAAGUUGAGCUCGAAAGAUUACUCCAAGAAAUUGAGUUUCGGAGUGAUGUCUGAUUUUGCAGGGGACGGGGGCGAACGGGAGUUGAGGUAGGUAUGUUUUGAGUAUAGUAAAAAAGGGUAUCUAGUAGAUGAUAAAUGAUAAUAGGGAGUGUACAGAAAUAUGAAGGAAAGAAACAACAGACGAAGAUAUCCAAUAGAAUGAAUGAAUGAACAGCUUGUAAUAGAAUACAUACUCCAACCUUGUUGUUCACCAAAGCUAUGUUUUGUGUGUUGAUAAGACUGCAUCUAGUUGUUAGUGAAAGUGGAUCCUGAGGGGAUAUUUUAGGCCAACUCGAAUUAUGUUCUUUUUAUA